GUUAAUGUGUAAAAUUUUUAUAAUUAAGGAUGGAUAUUGGUAAACCCAAAAACACACUCUGGUGCGUGUAUCUGGGAUCGAUCAAGGGCAGGGAAAAACAAGGGUUACCUUGUUCUUGCAAGAAUUCAGCAAUUGACAAGGAGAAAUCGAGUUUAAUUGCUGCAUGUUCUAAAACUUCAAACCUCUAAGCAAAUCUAGUAGAUUGGCGUGAAGGAAGAAGGCUCAAGUGCUAAGAAAACGGAAGGUUCACAAGAUCGAGAUGGCUGAUGCAAGCAACGUUAAUGAUGGUGAUGAUGCGGUUAGACAAGAAGCACUUGAGAACAAAGUCACGGAAGUAGCUGAAGGGGUUAUAGAGGCCAAUCUUCCGCGAAUAGCUCAAGAAGUAGAGAGUCGAGUGUUGGGGGUGGUAGAUGCCAUGAUGGCAAGCAGAAUCGAUGAGUUGAAAGAACUAAUUGGAGGGUCUAAAAAUAAAGGCAAUGAACAACGAUGCACAUAUAAAGACUUCAUGGCAUGUAAGCCUACCACGUACGAUGGUAAAAUCGAUCCAAUAAUGUGCCAAAGGUGGAUUUUAAGCAUGGAGGCGGUGUUUAAACGAAGUCGAUGUGAUAAGGAGGACCAAGUGAUGUUCGCUACGGGACAACUCACCUUUCAGGCGAAAGAUUGGUGGGAUGCUUAUAGUAAGGAGAUAGGUGAGGACAGACUUCAGACGAUGACUUGGCAAGAAUUCAAGGAACCCUUCAUGAAGUACCACUGCCCUCAGUCAGCCAUCGAUAAGAUUCAAGAAGAUUUCUUACGCCUCAGGCAGAAAAACGAGACGAUAAAUGAGAUAUCUGGUAUAUUCUUGGAUAAGAUGAAGUUUUGUACCGAGUUUGUGCAGACUGAAAGAAUGAAGAUCAAUCGCUUUUAUGGCAUAUUGAAGGCAGAAUUCAGGGAAUUUAUCACCCCAUCGAAAUGCGAGACCCUCGACGAGCUUAUUAACUUGGCACGGGAUAGAGAGAUUGAGAUUAAAAGGCAAGAAGAGCGUGGUGAAAAGAGGCCAAGUGAAAAGGGUGUAAGUUCGAGUCCAUCAAAAAAGGGAAAGUUUCAAGAUCAUGGAAGGAAAGAUAAGUCAAAAGGUGGAAUAACUCCCUGCAAGACGUGCGGAAAACUCCAUACGGGAGAGUGUUUGUUGGGCAAGAAAGGAUGUUACAAAUGUGGUAAAGAAGGGCAUUCGUCUUAUCAAUGUCCAACUAGCCCGAAGACUUGCUUCAAUUGUUUCGAAAAGGGGCAUAUCAAAUCUGAAUGCCCAAAACUUCAACAAGAGUCCAGAAAAGAAGAUAAGAAGCAAGAAGGUUCUAGGGCAAAAGGGAGAAUGUUCCAAAUUACAUCUGAAGAGGCCAAGUCUCACCCGAAUGUGAUUUCAGGCGUGAAGGAAGAAGGCUCAAGUGCUAAGAAAACGGAAGGUUCACAAGAUCGAGGUAAAUCCUCGACUUAGGCAAUUGGACGGCUUGGAACGUGCACACUUGGAUUACGCCCGCCUCACGCUUCCGUUAUUAAGUCUUUUUAAAAUGGGUUAAGUUUUGGUCAUAUGUAACUAGGUCUAUGUAGUAUGUUGAUAACUUUGAUGUUGGGUAAAAACUUGGUAGUCGAAGUCUUGUCGUGUCCAAUAUGGACUUUGUUUGUUUUGGGUUAUUGUCAAGGAUGUUAAGCGUCGAAGUUUGGUAUGUAUAACAGGGUGUUAAUGGUUUAAAACGAAUAGGUC